GCCAUUUCCACUGCAGGUGAAAUGAAAAUUGGAAUUCUGGAGGGAGGUGAGGUCAUAAAGUCACAGACUUCUACAUCAGAAUUAUUUUAACUCCCCCACAGCAACACUUAUUAAUGAGCUCCAUCUACCCUGGGAACUUGCAUCCUGCAGAGAAAAGAAUCCAGCCGCCUGCAGGUGAUGCUCGUCUCUAUGGUUCUGCUGAAAGUUUGACGCUAAUGAAGCCCAGCUUCUUCUUCCUGCAUGCCAUCAGUCAUACUGUGUUCCUCCAGCACAGUGAAAUCUCCACACACUUUCUUCACACUGUGGAACCCUCAGAGUUUACAUUGGUCACAGUGACUGAAUGGUCUCUGCUACACAGAAACUUCUGAGCAUGCCUAUCUUGCUGACCAGGAGGAGCCACACCUUUGUCACAUGGCUGAGAUGACAUGGAAUCCCCCAAGGCUGGAAUGGAAAUCUUGAUGGCUAUUCUUCCAUCAAUAUUUUUAUUCUGGAGUUGAGAAAUCACAAAGAAACAAAUAUGGAAUAAUGUAACUACUGCUGACAAAAUGUUGGGGAUGUGGUAUUUUUAUGUAGUCUAAGGCAGCCCAAAGUUUAAAGGACCAUCGAUUUCAGCUUCUCUGUAACCCCAUGGAAAAAUAGUGUCUGCCCUCGCCCUUGGAUACAACCAUUUGCCAUUUUUCAAUUGACCUUUGAAACAGUGCGGCUAUGUUAUAAGGAAAUUAUCCUAAAUCACAGAAUGGACUUCUGGAAUCUGGCAAUCAGAAUUAUUUUCUUAAUACAAGCUACUACUGGAAUUCUAGGAAAUUUCUCUCUUAUGGUCUAUUAUCUAGUUCUGUACUACAGGGAACGUAAACUAAAGCCCAGAGAUUUAAUUCUCAUGCACCUAACGACAGCCAAUAUCUUGAUUAUUCUCUGUGCAGGAGUACCCCACACAAUGGUAGUUUGGGGAAUGAAGAAGUUUUUGAAUGAUUUUAGAUGUGAGCUCCUGUUGUAUAUUCAAUCAUUUGGCCGGAGCAUGUGCAUUGGUACCACUUGCCUCUUGAGUGUCUUCCAGGCCAUGAUCAUCAGCCCCAGGAAGUCCUGUUGGAAGGAUCAUAAAGUCAACACUGCAAAGUACAUUGGCUUCUCUAUAACAAUCCUCUUGGUCUUCUACAUUUUGAUACAUUUUAUAUUCUUUAUGAAGCAAUUUAUCAAAAUGAAGAGUAUGAACAUAACAAGAAACCGAGAUUUUGGAUAUUGCUCUACUAUAGGGCAUGAUGAAAUCGAGAACUCACUUUAUACAGCACUGGUAGUUUGCCCUGAAUUAUUUUUUUCUGUUCUUAUCACCUGGUCCGGCACAUCCAUGAUUGUCAUUCUCUACAGACACAAGCAAAAGAUUCAACACAUCCGCAGCCAUCAUGGUUCCAAUAGGAAGUCCCCCGAGUCCAGAGCAACACAGAACAUCCUGGUCCUGGUGUCUACAUUUCUGGCUUUUUAUUCUCUCACAUGCAUCUUGAGAAACUGCAUUGCCCUUAUGCAUAAUCUCAGUAGGUGGCUGGUGUACAUCACUCGUUUCAUAUCACUUUGUUUUUCCUCUUUUGGACCCUUCAUUCUUAUGAGUCAUUACUCAUUUGCAUCCAGAUUAAGUUUAGCAUGGUUAAGAAAAAAAAUUCUCCUAAUCUUAUUUUAA